AUGCCUGACUCCAACCCCGAGCGCAGUGCCCCGGUCGAUGCCGAUGACAGUGGUGAUGAGGAUGUCUUUCAUGAUGCCCACUUCCCCGCUGAGGAGGAAGCCCAACUCCUGAAAGAAUCCCAAGAAAUCAAGACCGAAGCAAAUCAGCUAUUCCUCGCGAAAAGCUAUGACCAAGCUAUUUCCUGCUAUGACCGAGCGCUCGCCUCAUGCCCAAGUUACCUCGACUACGAUGUCGCCGUGCUGCACAGCAAUAUCGCAGCCUGCUAUCUGAAACUGGAGGACUGGAAAGCAGCGGUAGACUCGGCAACUGUCUCAAUUGACCGCCUGGACAAGGUCAUUCCGCCGACUGCGCAGACCAAGGACGAUUCAACGGGAAAGACAGCCUCCGACUCCGACGGAAAGGACACAGAUGACGUGGUAGAAAUAUCGGGAGAUGACGAAGAGGCCGAGGAGAAGGAACUACAACAUUUGAAAGACCAGGACGAGAAGAGAAGCAAUGUGAUGCGGAUCGGUGCCAAGUCCCUUAUGCGACGCGCAAAGGCAAAGUCCCAGAUCGGUGGCUGGGGCAGCUUGCAAGGUGCUGCUGAAGAUUAUCAGACGCUUUCUGCUAUGGAUAAUCUGCCAGCUGACGACAAGCGGAUUGUACAGCGCGCUCUGCGGGAGUUACCGGAGCAGAUCAAACAGGCGCGGGAAAAGGAGAUGGGUGAUAUGAUGGGGAAGCUGAAGGAUCUCGGCAAUGGCAUCUUGAAGCCAUUUGGCCUGUCUACCGAGAACUUCAACUUUGUUCAAGACCCCAAGACCGGUGGUUACAACAUGAACUUCCAAUCUUGA